AUGGAUCCUAUCGACGUUGAGCAACAGGCUAAGGAAACUUCGUCUCAUCAAAUUGAGAAUGUCGAUGUCAUUGAUGCAGUCACUUUCACGCCUGAGGAGGAAAGGGCAUUGGUGAAAAAGAUUGAUCUUACGCUCUUACCUACCAUCUGGAUUAUGUACCUCCUCUCCUAUCUGGACAGAACCAAUAUCGGAAACGCGAAGAUUUCUGGCAUGGAGGUAGACCUCAGACUGACAUCGAAUCAAUAUUCCAUUGCCCUGGUUGUCUUCUUUGUUGGAUAUGUCCUGUUGGAGGUUCCCAGCAAUCUUGUUUUGGGCCGAUCACGACCUUCCAUCUUCCUUCCCUCGAUCAUGAUCCUCUGGGGUGCAUUGACCUGUGUCAUGGCGGUCGUUAAAAGCUUUGCCCAUCUUGUGAUUCUGAGGACAAUUUUGGGAUGUAUCGAGGCCGGAUUUGCCCCCGGUGUUCUUCUUCUCAUUUCCUCGUGGUACAAACAAACCGAACAGUCGAAAAGGUUUGGUGUGUUUAUCUCAGCAGCCGUUUUAUCGGGUGCAUUUGGGGGUCUGAUUGCCGCCGGCAUUGUUGAUGGCCUCGAGGGCGUUCAUGGUAUUCGAGGCUGGCGGUGGCUUUUCAUCAUUGAAGGUGUUAUCACCAUCGGCUUCGCAAUCAUUUCCAUCUUUAUUCUGCCGGAUUUCCCCACGACUACGAAACGGCUCUCUGAUCGCGAGCGACAGAUAGCUGUGGCACGUCUAGUACGGGAGAAUGUGACCGCUACUUCUGCAGACAAUGGGCACCUGAGUAAUUUAGGUGCUUGUAAAGUGGCCUGUCAAGACCUGCGGACCUGGACCUUUGUCAUUGGUUAUAUGGCGUCCACCAAAAGAAUCAACCUGCUGACUGUCCCAAUUUACGGGGUGGCCUUCCUCGCCACUGGCAUUACCUCCUACUACGGUGACAAAGUUCCCACAUGGCGUGGCCUCAUAAUCGCCGGCUGGCUAGCAUUUUCACUAAUCUGUUCAAUUCUUGUCUGCACAAUAUAUAACUUCACUGCUCGAUACGUGCUUCUUGUCCUUAUAGCAGCCGGUCUUUGGUCCACCAACGGAGGAACCCUGGCUUAUGCCUCCUCUGCAUUCUCUGGUAUGCAUCCACAGGCUCGCGGUGUUGCUUUAGCGAUGGUGAAUGCACUGGGCAAUUUGGCCCAAAUUUAUGGCUCGUACCUGUUCCCGGCAGACGAUAGUCCAAAGUACAUCAUGGGAUUCUCUGUCAUUUCCGCAAUGCUAGCAGUUGGUGUGAUUGUGUUUCUGUUCUUGCACAUUUGGCUUCGUCGGCGCUUGAAAUCUGGUAUCAUCCAGUGA